UUUGGGUUUACGACUUGUGGCAGCGCCAAAAUAAAUCCUCUAGAAUUUGUUAUGAUUGCAAAUCUGUGCCAGUUUUAAGUUUGACCCGCAUCCCAAGCUUCUGCGAUGACUCGCUGAGCCUCGUCGCAAUAUGACGCCAAAGAAGAAGAGACGCGCCCUGGGUCGCGGCAAAAGUCGCGCCCAAACCGAGGCAGAACACCAACAGUUGCUGGAGGCUUUAGAGCUGGCGGAUAGCUGCUGCGACAUUUGCCACUGCGAUUGCUACAGUUCGCACAGCAGCAGCAGCCAUGCAAGUGGACGCGGUCAGCCAGCGACGCUGACGGAGACGGCGCAACUCCAGCAACUGGAGCAGGAGAUUCAAGUGCUGGAGCAACUGCAGCGCAGCGAGAGUGCCCUAAAGAAGCGCAGGUGUCACAGCAGCCAGAGCAGGCAACGCAGCGCUUCCAAAUCGCCCACAGAGGCCAAAGCAGCACACAGCCGACGAGGCUCCGCCGAUUGCCAGGCGCGCAGCUCGUCGGGUCGAAGCAAGCGCUCCAAGAGCGCUGGCAGUCAACGCAGUCAGUCGAGGCAGGAGGAACCAAAGCCCAAGCAACCCAAGCGACAUUCGAGGCGCGCUGCCGGGCAACGGGAUUGUCAGAUGUUGCAGCUCAUUUUCGACGAUGCUUCCACGUUGGCCAUCAACGGACGAGGCAAGUCCAAGUCGCAGGAGAACAUGGCCUUGGUCCCACUUCCACAAUCGAAUCCGCAGCUCGGACGCAACGGGAACUCAUUGUGCGCCUCCAUGGCCAAUCUGUGCCUGGCGCCCACAGUGCGUGCCGCCUACGCUCAGGUGCCGAGCCACGAUCAGAAGAUACUGAAUCGCAUGGCGGUGAAGCGCAGUCAACAGGCGGCGGACAAGGAGCACGCGUGGCUGGCGCGUAAGUUCUGGGAAAACGAGCGGUUGGAGCGACAGUUGCUGAAGUGCGAGCAGCUGGAGGAGUACAAGCGAGCGGUACAUGACAAACAGUUCCAAGACUAUCUGCUGACCAAGGCGCGCCUGCAGGCAUUGGCCGAACGAGAUCUCGCUGAGCUGCGGCGACUGCGCGGCGCCCUCGAUGCCAAAGACGAGGCAGCCAAGGAGCGGCUGAAGGCCAUGCGACUGGAGCGUGACCUCACUCUCUGCCAGCGUCGCUACGAGGAGUCGCGACGCAACGAAGCAGUCACAUUGCAGCAGGAGGAGCAGCAGCUGGACGCCACACUCAGGAAACGUGACAUUUGCAUGCGACUGACGCAGCGAUUGCGACGAGCCGAUGAGCUGCGCAGCCAGCUGUUGGAGGGUUAUCUGAAGCGUCUGCAACACGAUAACCAGGUGGAGCAACUGCAGCAUGAGGAGCACUGGCGAGAGCGCCAGCAAUUGGAGCGUCUGAAGCGCGAGCAACUGCAGUGCGACAUCCAAAAGAAACGCCAGCAAUCGCAGCGAUUCGAGGAUUGUCGCCAACGACGGCACGAAGCUCGCUUCCGCACUGCCAAGAUCUCGGCCAGCCUUAGAGAACUGGUCCGUCAGUCUGUCACACCUGAAACGGGAUUGGAACCGCAAGCCAACAGCUUCUACGCCCAGCAACAGUCGCAAUUGGGACGUCUGCUCUUUAAGCAACAACCAACUAAGCAACUGGACAAACUAAACUAAGCAAUAUUUUCAG